AUCUCCCUCCAUUCGACCAAAAAUGAUUCUCGCGGAUGAUGGCUCUGCCGGCUAUUGCGAAACUCGCUGGUUCACGCCGUGGGCCAAGGUCCGCCAAGUAGAAGACCACAGACUCCCCCCUUGUAUCAGCCAGGUCACAGGUCAGACCACAGUGCCCUUUGGCGAUGCCCUCCUGGUGACCUCUGACACCUGCAUCGGCUUCGAGAUAUGCGAGGAGUUGUAUAAUCCCGAGAGCCCGCACGUCCCUCAGUACCUGGACGGAGCAGAGAUCGUCAGCAACAGCCUCGGCGCCUACGAGGAGUUCCAGCGUCCGGAGUCAGCCGUCAGCCUCGUCAGCAGCGCCACCAUGAAGAGCGGAGGAUGCUAUCUCUAUGCUAAUCAGCGAGGGUGUGAUGGAGGCCCCGGAUACUACCCAGGAGAAGCCUACAUUGCCCUGAACGGCGCCGUCGUGGGCCGCGCCGCCCCUUACUCCCUGCGGGAGGUGGAGGUCGUGGUGGCGAAGGUCGACCUCGAGAGCGUCAGGCGGCAGAAGGCGCUCAUACGGAGUCGCUGCGCACACGCGGCCAGGAGCGAGGUUUAUCCGAGGGUUCAGGCGGAUUUCUGGCUUUGUUCCGACGCUGACGAAGGAGGACCGAGCAUCCCGCCCUUCCCGACGCCCCUCGCCAUCACGCCCCCGCCCCCAGAGGAGCAGGCCUUGAGUGGACCCGCCUGUUGGCUCUGGGACUUCCUCAGGAGGUCGGGGCGGCGUGGACUCCUGCUGCCGCUCGAGGCCGACAUCGACUCCUCGCUCACGGCGGCGAUCGUUGUCCGCAUGUGCCGGCUGGUGGUGAAGGCCGUGGCUUCAGGAGACGAGAAGGUAUUAUCAGACAUAAGACGGAUAGUGGGCCAGGAGGACUACGUGCCUAAUGAGAAUCGUGACCUGUGUCGACGCCUGGUUCGGACCCUGUGUUUGCAAGGCGAGGGAAGGUCGGCGCGUCAUCUUGCUUUGGCAGAGGCCCUAGCGAAGGAUAUGGGAAGCCGGCACACCACCGCUGACUUGAGCGGGGCCGUUCGAGCGAUGCAAGCCGCUCUUGAAACUGCAAGCCAAGUCAAGCCGGACGCUGCCUCGCGCCGGGAUCUUCUGUCGAGACUGAGGAUGUCCUUCGCCUUUCUCUGUGCCCAGGCCUCGACGAAGGAAGAAGGAGAAGAAGAAGAAGGAGAAAAAGAGAAAGGAAACACAGAAGAUUCCUCAGGUCAUCUCCUCGUCCUGACCUCGGCGAACUGUGACCUCCUGGCGAGCGGGAAAUGGGUCAAAUUUGGUCACUUUUCUGGAGAUGUGAACCUGGUUGGGCGGUUUCCGGAGGAGGUGGUAAAAAGGGCGGUAGAGACGGCCACGCACAGCCUCGCUCUGCCCUCUCUCGCUGACAUUCUCCACGAACACGAGAAGAGGAGGAGGAAGAUGAAGAACUGCGAAGAAGGAAUAGGAGAAGGAAGAGAAGAAGAAGUAGGAAAAGGAAAAGGAAGAGAAGGAAAAGGAAAAGAAGAAGUAAGAAAAGGAAGAGAAGAAGUAGGAAAAGGAGAAGAAGGAAAGGAAGAAAUAAAACGAAGAGAAAGAGAAAGAAAAAAACAAGAAACAAACGAAGAAGAAACAGGAGAAACAAAAGAAGAAGAAGGCAAAGAGGGAGAAGAAGGAGUGCCAGACGGUGCCAUGAGUAUGGAGGAAGUGGCACUGUUCCGCCAGCUGCAAUACGGAGAGGGAUGUGGCCCUUACUCCAUGUUUGGCAAACUCUGCUGGCUGUGGGGGGGGAGGCGCGCUGCACAGGAGAUCGCGUGCAAAGUCAAGACUUACUUUCGCAACUACAGCAAUUUGCAACACAAGAUCUGCAAUGCAACUCGAACCUAUUACGUGCCAGGAACAGGACCUCUGGAAGACGCCAGGCCUAUUGUCUCCUCGGCAAAAUGGACUUGGCAAUUCAACGCAAUUGACCUUGCGGUACAGAAGAAGGAGAAGCAAGAAGAAACGAAAUAGAACAGAAAAAAAAGAGAGAUAAAGAGAAGACGAUAAUCAAGAAGAGGCAUAGGGUGUGAUACUUUUUUUUAAAAA